UAGAGGGCGUCCUUCCAACAACAUGUGUUGCUUCUCGAGAUAGUAUCAGUUAUAAACACAGAUUCUAGAUGCAGUAGUUUUAGCCAAGUAUAUUCCAUAACUUAUCUGGGCCUAACUAAUAGGAAAGAAGAGUUAAAGGAGGAUAAUGGUCAUGAAAUUGAUUGAUACACAUUGAUUAACUAUUGUAUUGAUGUUAGCAUAGAAUGUGGACAAAGGUUGCUGAUGCUGGCUAAUUCAUCUGCGGAUGUGAAAGAAUAAAGAACCAGAACAAGCGGGAUGAAACGGAAACAUAAUCUAACUAUUGUGAAUCAAGAAAUCUCAAAAGAUGAUUUAUCUCUAAAACCAACUGAUCAUUUUUUGGAUAAUUCAGAAAUUAAAAUUAAAAAGAAAAAAAGGAAAAAACAUACUAAAUAUAACAAUACAGACAAAGAUGGAGAAAAAGACACACUUUUACCAAGUACUUCUGAUUCAAUAGAUAUUGAACCAGAACAAAAUGAGGAAACGAAAAAGAAGAAAAGGAGUAUUGUGAAUCAAGACAACUCAAAAAUUGAUUUAUCUCUAAAAACAGCUGAUCACUUUACAGAUAAUUCAGAAAUUACAAUUAAAAAGAAGAGGAAAAAACAUACUAAAUAUGAAAAUAAAGACAAAGAUGGAGAACAAAAUACACUUUUAACAAAUUCUGAUACAAUAAAUAAUGGAGCUGAACAAAAUGAAGACUUAAAGAUGGAAAUGAAAAAGAAGAAAAAGAGUGAUCAUUGUGAAAUGCCAGGUGAAGUACAAAGAGAAGGCACCAAAAUCUUAGAACAGUUUGAUAAAAGUGUUAAAAAGCCAGCCAAGAAAAAACACAAGAAACAUAAACAUUCACACGAUAGGAUAAAAAGUAGCGAGCGAUCAUUGAAAUCUGAUGAAUUAUUAAUUAGUAAGAAAACAAUGGAAACACAUGCGGAAGAUGAUGAAGAGCCCCCUCGUUCAACAAAGAAGAAAAGUAAGAAACAUAAACAAACCAUUCAUAUUGAGUCGGAGGAAAUUAUAAAGCAUGAUGUUAAUGAAGAUGCCACUGAAGAUCACAUGACUGUACCAGAUGAUCACAUAACUCCACCAGAUGAUCCUACCAUCUCCAGCUCAAGGCAAUAUCCUGCGUCGAUAAAGGAUUAUUAUACAGCAUCUACAGAUCUAUCUCUUGAUCAUUUUUUGGAAGGUGGCUUUGCAACAUUCCCAUCAGCUCAAUUGCAUGAUUUUGGUAUUUGGGAAAGUAUAACAAAGGAAACAACAGUUAAACUUCAAGAGAAAGGAAUGCAGAUUCAGACUGGAAUGUGGAGAAAAUGGGAGGAUGAAAUAUUGAAAGGAAAUAUGCAGAAAUUCUGUGAGGAAGUCAACAUUUACGACGUCGAGAGACUCGUGUUCCCUAAUCUGAACACGGAGGAUAAAAAAGCAAUCUUGCCUCUCAUCAAAGAAAAGCAGAUGUACCACAAGUUAGGAAAUGGAAUCAACCGUCCUCUGAGAAAUAUCUACUACCGAUGCAGAAAAUUAUUUGAUAAAAACAACUAUAAAGGAGUGUUUAGUGACCAUGAGGUGAAGACCAUUUUACGUCUGCAAAAUAAAUAUGGAAACAAAUGGAUCAAGAUAGGACGGCUGAUUGAAAGGAGUGGCCCAUCCAUACAAAGCAAGAUUCGCUUUGGUAUAAAAGAUAAAACUAUCGGUGCAUGGUCAAAGAAGGAGAGGAAACAGCUGAUAAAAGCUGUGAAAGAGCACGUCUCAGAAGAUGCUGGACCAGAGGCCUGGUAUUACAACAUUCCAUGGGAAAAGGUGCAGAAGAAGGUGCCAACAAGAGAAUCUCGACAGUGCAGGGGUGAAUGGUUGAUGAUUCUGAGCAGUUUAGCCCAGGGGACCAUGGCUCCAGAACUUGACAGCUGGGACAAAAGUGAUAAUGUCCAACUGAUUGAAAGAAUUUAUGAAAUGAAUAUUCAUGAUGAGGAAGAAAUUGAUUGGUUGGCCCUCAUGCCAGAAUUUGAAAAAGCAGUGUCCCCACAGAAGCUGCGGUAUCGCUGGUAUAUAAUCAAAAGUACCUAUGUUCCAAGACAUUCUUACAAAACUUUAGAUGAAAUUUUAGAUUAUGUUGGGGACGAAGUACUUCCUAAAUUAAGAGAACAAGUGAAGAAGAUGAAAAGGAAAAAGAAAGAAAAGAGAAAAAGGAAACUACAAGUACUUCGCAACCAGUGUAAUGAAGAAAGCGACACAGUCAAUUGAUCAUCCCUACAUCUUUGCUUCCAUCCAUUCGAAGUCUGUGUACAUUCAUUACUAGUCUGUGUACAGUGACAGUGUCAGACAUCUCGACAGGGGGGUCACAUCUACCUGGGCCUCAUUAUGGUUGUGGUGACGAGAGCGAACUUCAAGUAUAGACACUUAUAAUAGAUGCCCAGAAAUGGUACACUCAGACUGCAAAAAAAAACGCUUUUUAAAAGGCUCAAUUUUUCUGACUAAAUGAUUAGCUUCUUCCCCUACCAUGGCCCAGGGUUCUCUGAUGAGGGGGUCCUGUACCUCUCCUUGGGUCAACCCCUGCUGGCAUCGCAACUUUCUGUGAAAAUGGCCGCUCUCCCUGCCAAUCGUUUUGCUUUGAGAUGAAAUUUAACUUACACCCCUAAGGUUUAUAGUCAUACAUAAUUUCCCUUGCACUAUAAAAUUCAUCCCAGCAUUUUAACUACAGUAGUAGAUCAGUGGUUCAUUGCUAUAUCACUCAAAACCCAUGUAAUACUCUUGUAUUUCUGAAAUUGAUUUUUUUUUUUUGUAGAAUUGGCGCCUUUAACUCAGCAAUGCUGUUAGGGUCACCUUCAUUAAAUAAAGGUGAAUAAAAUUAAGCCAAAACCAUAUUAUUACAAUGUACAGUUGUAUGUAAAUUUUUAAUAUGAAAAUUUUAAUCUUACCAAAUCGUGUAAUAAAAUUUAUAAUUGUCUUUUAACGUCA